AACUUACUAUAUAAAAAGAAAACAUGUUAAAAUAUUGUCAACAAAAGUGUGUGGAGUGCGUGUUUAAAAGUGCUAGUUUUUAAACAUACAAGUUAUGAGUGAUUUACAAGAAGCCAGAAAAAACCUGGAAGCAGUGUUGGGGGAAGAUUUACUAAAACAAUAUUUUAUAUUACUGAAGAAAUGGCUCAUGUUCAGUGAGCCGUUGACAAAUACGCAAUUCUAUGGGGCUGUUCGAAAAUUAUUCAAAAACGAUGAGCAAAUUGUUUGCCAUGAUCUAUAUAUAUUAGCAUUGGCUUCCAAAGUCAAUUCAACCAGAACAAAAAAAGUACAGACUUCUGAUGAUGGUUUCUAUGAAAUGGCAGAUUUUACAGAAUACCUAUCCCCAUCCAGUCCAUCAAUGAUUCCACCAAAUAUUGUACAUAGAAGUGCAGCAUCUGAGUUCUUUUUGCCAGACAAUAGAUUCAUAUCCACGAGAAUUGAAAUACAUGCUUGGGAGAAUGGACUUGAUGGGGCUCAUGCUAAUGUUUCUGACUAUGUGGUGAUGCUUUGUCAAAUGUUUGUCAAGAAUAUAUUAACUGCAAUGAUAUCCAGAAAAGAAUCUUAUAAAGUGAGGGAUGGACAUUUUCAAUAUGGCUUUGGCUUUCCUGUACCUGAUCCUACAAUCAGAAAUGCCAACAAUGUGAUUGACUAUUCACAAGAAUCUAAAGUUGAUGUGAUGGAUGAUGAUGAUUCAUUUGUGCCAAAGAUGAAACCGACUCUGGAAGAUAUCGAACAGCAAACUGCAUUUGCAUAUUCUUGUAGCAAGAGAGGUAACAGUAAUGAUAAGCUCACUGUUAAAUUGCUUUAUGAUACUUUAAGAGCAAACCCUCAAAUUAUUGGCCUGCACAGCAUACACAGCCCAAACUUGUUGAAAAUUGGCCUAGAAUUGGAUGAAUCUUAA